AUGUUUAUAAAUCAGCUCAUAAAAUUAAAUGAAAAAACUUACGGAAGAUUGUCAAGAAAAAAUUUUCGAAACGGACAUGGAACAAGAACAGGAAGUAAUGAUUUUAUCGAUGGCAUAAAAGUCGACGACAAAUCGACAGAACAAUCAUUUUUAGACAAAUUCUAUUUCGGAACAGCGAAAAAUGCCGUUGGAAAGAGUGACCAGCAAUUGCAAAUGGCUUUGAAUGCAAAUGAUAGAAAAAGUGGUUCACUUUAA